CCCUUGUUCAAAAUCCUAGGAAAGUAGAUACUCCAUCUUUGGUAUACAUACUGGUAUACUUCUCACUCGCUCACUGCACUCGUAUACCUACAAUAUACUGUACUACAUCAUACCUCAUACCCAACUACACUCCACGAACGCAUAACAACCUCCUCCCUCGAUACCUACCUUAACUCAUUGAGAACCACCAACCCACCUGCCAACGUAUACAAGAACACCAACAACAACACACUACCGCAGCUCGAUACCCACCCAAACAUCAGCAUCUAGCAUGGCCCCAACCCCAGCUCCCCAGUCCCAACCCCAAUCCCAAUUCCCUUCAAAACCCAACAACAACAACAACAACAACAACAACCACCAAUAUACCUCCCAGCGAACCCAACCAGCCCCAACCAGAAUCCGGAAACCCACCCGCCGCGCCCGAAACCACCAACAAGCCUCAACGGCGAGAUGCUGGGACUGGCUCCUCCUCCCGGCCAGCAGCAACACGCACUUCGCCAAGAACCGGGCCUCGUUCGCGACGUACCGCCGGGCGCCGUGCCAGAUCGCCAACCAGCGGGUGCUGGGCGUGGGGACGGUGCAGCUGCGGGUGCGGCGGGCGCCCGACGACGCGCGCACGACGACGCUCGUGCUGCGCGACGUGCUGCACAUGCCGCAUGCGCGGUGGAAUGGGAUUAGUCAUUUGCAGGUGCGGCGCGCGAGUACCACCAGUACGAUUAGCAGCUGUGGUGGUGGGGAUGAGGAUCGAGGGGAAGGGUUGUGGUUUGCCGAAGGGAGACCGGAGAGGGGGUGUUCGAGGGUCGUGUUGGCCGGGGAGCAUCAUCAUCCGAUGCCUGAUGUUGGGGAGUUGGCGGAUGAGAAAAUGCUGAAAGGUCUCGUGGUCUCCAAGGAGGAGCUGGAGCUUUUGAAGGAGAGGGUCAGAAAUCGGUCUUGGGUCUGAACAAGUGGAAAAAGAUUCAAUAAUUCCAUUCGUGUUCUCAUGGGGUAUGAUAUUGUUUGGGCAUCUGCCCUGUUUGUAUUGUACAGAAGCUUGGAUUAUAAUU